AUGGCGCCCGCAAGCAGACGGAAUAACAGCUCCCUCCCGGCGGGGUAUGUCGAGGACAAGUCCAAGGGCGCGAUGUUGCGAUUCCAGGACUCUCUCCCACGGCUGCCCGUGCCAACCCUGGAGGAGACCGCCGCCCGCUAUCUCAAGUCGCUCAAGCCGCUCCUCACAACUGCCGAACUCGAGACCAGCACCAAGGCCGUGCAGGACUUCAUUGCCCCUAACGGCCCUGGUCGCAAGCUGCAGGAGAAGCUGGUCGCGCGCCGCGAGGACCCCAAGCACAAGAAUUGGAUCUACGAGUGGUGGAACGACGCGGCCUACCUCAGCUACCGCGACCCUGUCGUGCCCUACGUCAGCUACUUUUACUCGCACCGCGACGACCGCAGGCGCCGCGACCCGGCUAAGCGCGCCGCUGCCAUCACCACUGCCGCUCUCGAGUUCAAGAAGCAGGUCGACACUGGCAGCCUCGAGCCCGAGUACAUGAAGAAAUUGCCCAUCUGCAUGGACAGCUACAAAUGGAUGUUCAAUGCCAGCCGCGUGCCCGCCAAGCCCGCCGACUACCCGGUCAAAUUCGACCACGCCCAAAACAAGCACAUUCUUGUGAUCCGCAAGAACCAGUUCUUCAAGAUUGUCCACGAGGCCGGCGGCCAGCAGCUCAACACCUCAGAGCUCGAGCAGGCUUUCCGUCGCGUCUACGAGCUCGCUGGUGAGCGCGCCCCGGCCGUGGGUGCGCUGACUUCAGAGAACCGCGACGUGUGGACCGAUGCUCGCGCCGUCCUGCUCUCCGCCGACCCGUCCAACGCCAAGGCGCUCGAGGCGAUCGAAUCAGCUUCCUUCGUUGUCUGCCUGGACGACGCCCGGCCUGUGACGCUCGAGGAGCGCGCGCACGCGUACUGGCACGGCGACGGUCAGAACCGCUGGUACGACAAGCCGCUGCAGUUCAUCGUCAACGACAACGGCACUUCGGGAUUCAUGGGUGAGCACAGCAUGAUGGACGGCACGCCAACGCACCGCCUUAACGACUAUGUCAACGAGGUUAUCGUCAACAACAAGCUCGACUUCUCUAACCCGACUGUUCGCUCCCACCUGCCGGACCCGCAGCCGGUCAAGUUCACUGUCACCAAGGAGGUCCAAGCGGAGAUUGACCGCGCCAUCCACGACUUUGGUGCCGUUAUCGGCCAGCACCAGCUCGCCGUGCAAGCCUACCAGGGCUACGGCAAGGGUCUGAUCAAGAAGUUCAAGUGCUCGCCCGACGCGUACGUACAAAUGAUCAUCCAACUGGCCUACUUCAAGUUGUACGGCAAGAACCGCCCGACCUACGAGUCCGCCGCCACCCGGCGCUUCCAGCAAGGCCGUACCGAGACGUGCCGAUCCGUGUCCGAAGAUAGCGCGGCGUGGUGCCGCGCCAUGGGCGACGAGUCGGCCGACAACGAGACUCGCAUCGCACUCUUCCGCAAGGCUGUCGCCUCACACAUUGAGUACAUCAGCGCGGCCUCGGACGGCAAGGGUGUCGACCGCCACCUGUUUGGCCUCAAGCGCCUGCUUGAGCCGGGACAGGAAGUCCCCGCCAUCUACGCUGACCCGGCGUUCGGCUACUCCUCCUCGUGGUAUCUGUCCACCAGCCAGCUGAGCUCCGAGUACUUCAAUGGGUACGGUUGGAGCCAGGUCAUCGACGAUGGGUUUGGCAUUGCGUACAUGAUCAACGAGAACAGCAUCAACUUCAACAUCGUUUCUAAGGGCCUCGGCAGCGACAAGAUGAGCUUCUACCUCAACGAGGCGGCUGGCGACAUGCGCGACUUGCUGGUGCCCACGCUAGAGACUCCCAAGGCCAAGAUCUAA